UGGCAGUUUUGAAACUGCUUGAAAGAAGGUGCAUUUGACUGAGACACAGCUCCGCUGACGCUCUUUUAAAAUGUCCGCAAACCAACAAUUAAGCCACCAUGGAGAUGACGAAAAUGAUGGAACAUCUGAUAUACUUUACACCAAACAGCUGCGUGAAGGAAAACCCAAUAUAGAUUUCACUUUGUCAAGUGAAAUUAAUAAGAAAUUAUUAAAAAAGGAAACAUGGAUCAGAAAAGAUUCUAACAAAAGUCCAAGUGUGCAACCUGCAUCAGCUCAUGUUUCAGUUAGAAAUGCCCUAAAUAUGAUUGACACCAUUGACAGACCAGCAAAUGCCAUUGCAGAAAGCACCUAUGCUGAAAGCGGAACAUAUGCAGUAAGCCCUGAAAACAAACCAGGAAAGAGGAUUCCCAAGGCUGGAGCUUUUGCAGCAGCAGGAGUCGGACUAGCACGUGCUGAAUGCAGUAUAUUUGAGGCAGAAGCCAAAGGUCCCAAUGCCUUUGCUAUAGCUGACGCCAGUUUGCUGGGAGCUGAAGCAAUGGCUCGGGCUGAAAUCGCCAGUGCAUCAGCUCAAGCCGGUCCACUUGGUGUGACAGUGGGGCUUGGAGUCGACACCGGUGUAUCUGCUGGUGUGGAUGGGCUGGAGGUCAGAAUUUUGGGAACUGGAUUCUCAAUUGGACCAAGAACCAGUGUAUCUAUUCUGGGUUCAGAAGUGUCAUGUUCAAUCAUUUAAUCA